AUGAAUGCCGAAUUCUCAGUUGAAAAAAUGCAAUGCUCACUUGGUCAACAGUUCCUGAAACCUGAGCCAACGUCAAGUGUGGCCGUCCCUGAUGACCUUGAGGUGGUGUGGAUCAAGCUCCAGCCAAAAAGACUUCCCCGCUCUGUUUCCACAGUGGUGGUUGCGGCAAUAUAUCAUCCUCCUAAUGCCGCGACUGCUGACACCCUGAUCGACCAUUUGCUGCACUCGAUGGACGCCAUUGCAUCUACACAUCCAGAGACGGGUUUCAUUUUGUUGGGGGACUACAAUGAGUUAGACAUCUCGACGCUAACCGCAAACAGGGGGUUCCGACAAGUUGUCAGUGUACCAACAAGAGGUGACCAGAUUCUGGACAAGAUAGUCACCAAUAUGUCAGUCUACUAUAAUUCCCUAACAACUCUACCCCCAUUGGGCUCAAGCGACCACCUUGCGGUUUCCUGGAUCCCUACCCAAUACUCACCGAAGCCCAAUCGCACAAGAACUCGGAUUGCAAGACCAAUCAAAGACAGUGCUAUUCGCGAAUUUGGACAGAUUCUCCAGAACUAUGAUUGGUCUCCAGUUUAUCAAGCCGAGAACACGAACGACAAGUGCGAUACGUUCUAUUCCACACUUCUGCCAUUGAUUGACGAGUAUUUCCCCUUAGUUGUUGUCAAAUGCCACGACAAUGACAAACCAUGGAUUUCCCCUAAGAUCAAAGCGCUUAUUGGUGCACGUCAGCAGGCUUUCAUAGCAGGUUCGAACAAAUGGAAAGGACUGAGGAACAAAGUAAUUAAACUAAUCAAAGGGGCAAAAUCUGAGUUCUAUGUCGGACGCGUGCGUAAGAUGAAGGAGAGCAAUCCAUCUCAGUGGCACAAGAACAUCAAAUCAAUGGCGGGAAAUAAGCCCAGCCCACCUGCCAUUGAGGUCGAAGGGAUCGACGAGUCAGACCUCGCUGCUAUUGCUAACACGAUCAACAGGUUCUUCGUCAGCAUAGCUGAAGACAUCGAUAGACUCGAUCUGACUGAUCUCCCAACCUAUCUCCCUGCUCUGCCGCUGCCUGAAAUUAAACCUUGGGAUGUCUACUGGGAAUUGCAACAUCUUAACAGACGGAAAGCUCCCGGUCCAGAUAGCAUCCCAGCUCGGAUCAUUUCCGAAUUUGCGUUAGAACUGAGCAGCCCUCUUACGGCCAUUUUCAAUGAAUCUGUCAGAGAAUCGGUGGUGCCACACCGCUGGAAACGUGCAAUUGUGGUACCUAUCCCCAAAGCCUCCAAACCCACCAUAGGAGACUUGAGACCGAUAUCGCUCACAGAUCAUUUCGCAAAGAUCCUGGUGAAAUCCAUCUCAAAGUGGCUGGUGGGUGACAUUGGAUCUGCGAUUGACAAGUCACAGUACGGCAAUAGGAAAGGCUACUCGACUACACACUAUCUGAUAGAUGUACUAAAUACCAUCUAUCGGAAUGCCGAAAAUCCAAAAACGGUCACAACACUGGUAGCUACAGAUUUCAGCAAACCUUUCGACAGGAUAGAUCAUGGACUAGCGGUUAGUAAACUACUCGAAAUGGGGGCAUCCCCGUCUUUGGUGGCAUGGAUUUCCAGCUUCCUUUCCAAUCGAGAACAAUGUGUGCGCUACAUGUCACAGCUCUCUGACUGGAUGGAGAUCUCGGCAGGUGCCCCACAGGGCACUCGACUUGGGCCGCUUAUCUUUCUCUGCAUUAUCAACGACGUGUUCAAGGACAGUGAUGUUCAGUGUUGGAAAUACGUCGACGACCUCUCCCUGCUUGAAUUUCGUCUAAUCGGUGGAACUAAUGACGCUGAAGGUAGAGUAGAGAUUCUACACGAUGGCUCCUGGGGAACUGUCUGCGACGAUUCCUGGGAUCUCAAGGACGCCGAGGUUGUUUGCAGAAUGUUAGGCUUUGAUGGAGCCUUUGACGCUCCACUUGGUGCUCGAUUCGGUAAAGGAUCUGGGAGCAUCUUCCUCGAUGAAGUUCAGUGCCAAGGGACAGAAACUGACGUUAAACGUUGCGAUCAUGACGGCAUUGGUGUGCACAACUGUGCCCAUAAUGAGGAUGCCAGCGAUCUGAAUGCUCCUCCAAAACUCCCAGAACGACGGUUAACAAGGUUGAGUAAAGUUAGUACGAUGAAAGAGCCCUGCCAGAACCAGCGGUUUAGGACGGAUGAGGAGCAGAUUUCUGCACAACAGACCAGAAUAGAUGACAACACCCACGACUAUAUGGACAUGACUCCUAGAAACAAGACAGCUUCAACGAACAAGGAUGCACAAAUUGAUGCUUAUAGCCUCCACGUUGAAAAUAAGGACACGGAUACGUUACCACAAGAUGAUACAGCGACAGUAUCAAGAGCAAUCUGCCAUGAUAAAACAUGUGAGCCAAUGUAG